AUGAACAUUAUGCGAGCGCAACUACCGGCAGUGGCUGAUUUCGUGAACACGACAUUUGACGAAUUUGCAUUACUUAACCAGGAAGAGAAGUGGGCCGUAUUCCAAACAUUUCUCACUACACUGGACUAUGGAUUCGUUCUAUCGAACAUUAUCACAGAAACGUUAUACAUGGAUGGAAAUCAAAUGACUCACUUCUUUGACGACGCUCCUCCCAGUAAAUUGAGCCGAGAGGAUCUACAGAAGUAA